AUGGGCUUCAAGGACAUCUUUAAAUCCAAGGACAAGCAAAAGUCGUCCUCAGACGCGGGCUCCUCCAAGGAGAACCCCUUUGCGCAGCCGACUCUGGCGCCGGGCGCCUUUGGCCAGUUCCCGCAGACCUUCGGCUUUUACUUCCUGGGGCGCGCGCCGGACAAGAAGACAGACGCGUUCCUCUUCGCCGAGGGCGGAGGGCAGCAGGGCCCGCUGCGUCCACUCAAUGCCAUCACCGUACACAAGGGCAUGGUCAAGGUGCAGGACGUGCUGCAUGCCGGGCCGACGCGCGACACGCAGCCGAUCGGACUCGCUGGCACCGAAAAGUUAUUUCGCUCCGCGUCUGUGAUCGCGCUGCCAUCGCAUGCAGGGGCCGCCGGAGGCAAUCAGAUCGUGCAUCUCGUCGACAACGGGGGCAUAAAGUUCGAGAGGUGGGCCUUCAGCGUGCCAGUUGCCGGUGCAGCGGAGGCGGAGCAGUUCGAAUGGCGCAGUGACAACCUGGUGCGUCCAGAGAAGGACAGGCCGUUCGAGCGUCGCCUGGUUCGCGUGAGCACCAGCGCCGAGGGCCGUGAGGAUGUGGUGAUGCGGUGGGCGGAUGACCCAGCGCCGGAGCAGGAGAGCAGGCUGGGCACAGUACACUUUGAAGGGGCGGGUGCGACCGGCCAGCUGGGCCAGUACUGGGCGCUGGCGGCAGUCGUGGCGCUGCUGCGGAUUGUGCAGGUCAAGUCGGAGGCGCAAGUCGCGGCCGAUGGCAUGUUGCAGGCGGCAGGCAAGUUGGCUGGGCUUGGACUUGGCUUUGCGUGA